UUGGGCGGCAGGCUUAGCGCGGCGAAAUGGUGGUGUGGUUGUCAGCUGAUUCUGGGUGAAGCAGCGCCGGGAAGCUCGUUAGGUCCGGCGAGAUGAGAGUCGAGGCUUGAUCGGUAUCCGGUUAGUCGGGUUCGAUUGUCUGACAACGCCCUGACAGACACGACGCUUGGAGGCGCGGCUGUGGUGGGGAGGAGAGGGAAGGGGCACCAAUGCUUCCUGUCUUUUCACCAACUGACAAACACUAAGCGAGCAAUCAAUGAGGAGGAGUGACAGGGAGGAUUCUCGCAAGGACACACGGAGCGAGUCACAGAUGGAGGGACAGCCCGGGAGAUGAACAGCCGCGCCUAUCACAGCCUCCCAGCAGCGUCAGGGCCUCGAGAUGCCGCCCCCGCCACCUGCCUCCUGCCUCCUGCCUCCUGCCUCCUGCCUGCCGCCUGUCUGCCUCUCUCUCCGCCUGGUGAUGAUGACAAGCGGCGCAAAUCUCACUCCAGCACACCAGCCAAGGAUCUUUAAAGGAAGUAGCAAUGGUUUCCCUCCCUUGGUCUGCAGUCUAUGUCGCUGCUCACACACGCCACGGAGCCAGACCGGGAGGCGGGCGGCGGUUCCUCAACAAACGUACGUGACACAGGGCCUUCACUCUCCCCGGCCCCACCACGGCAGCCAGCUCAUGGGUUCCCAGAGCACGGGGCGAGGCAGCAUUCACGGAUUGUCAGGCUGCCGUGAGUCUCCUGCAGCAACUAUAGUCUGCCUGGAAAAGACGCAAUACUUCUCCUGCGUACUGUUUUGGAUUCUCUUUGGGUUCUCUUUGGUUUCUCUUUUCCUGUCGUGAGUUCGAGUCCUAAACAGAAAGAAAUGCCACAAGUAGAGGACAUGGGUAGCGGAAUGAGAUGUAUUUAUCUAAAAACUCUGUAUUAAUAUAUUUUCUGCUUAAUGUAUUUUGGUCAGUCCUUGGAUUCCUUUUUUCUAGUCAAGGGCAAGUGAUACAAUAGGUGGACAAUA